AUGACGGAGAAGUAUCCAAUCGGCACACGCACCGAGAGCGAGCGUCUCGUCCGCGAGUGGGGUUUUCGACAUAUCUUUACCUGGACAGACGGAAGCAACGCCCAUUAUUCCCCGCACUCGCAUAGCGGCUUAACAACACAUCUUAUCCGUCGUGGAUCUCUCACAAUCACUUACCCGGAUGAUAAUGCGAAGUUGCAUCAUGGGGAAGUUAAAAAAGAGACAUUUGGAGCUGGAGAAAGGGUUGAUGUCCCUGCCGGUAAACUCCACGAGGUCUGGAUUGGGAAUGAGGGGUGUGAGUACGUGAUUGGAGAGUAG